ACUGUCUUAUAAAGCAGCCCAACACACACACACACACUCUCUCUCGCUCUCUCUCUCUCUCAACUCGUUAUAAAAAGGUUAAAACCCAUUUUGGUCCCUAAACUAUUAUAUAGACCCCUGAUUUGAUCUCUAAACUGAAAAAAUCCCUGAUUUGGUCUUUAUUGUUUACUAUUUUUACUCUAAUUUGGUCAUUCCGUUAAAAAUCUACCCACGUGUCCAUUGACUAAUAGAAACCUAAUGUACACGUUAAAACAUUAUGUCCAUGUGCAAAGCCAGCUAGCAAAAACAAAUAAUGAUUUGACAAUAAAAAUUUUAAAAAUUCUUUCUCCUUUAUCUUUCCCUUUCUCUUUCCUAUUCCUUUCUUCGCCUUCUUCAUCAAUCAAUUCUUCUUCUUCAUCAAUCAGUUCUUCAUCACCCUCAUCAAACAACACCCUCAAUAAACAACACUUACAAAAACACAAUUUUUUUUUUAAAUUUUUUGUCGAAGAACUCAGUGCCUGGGUUCGAUAAACUCAACGUUGGGUUCAUCGAGUUCCAAGGAACCUAAUGCCUCUGUUCAUUGAACCCAACGUUGGGUUCCAAGGAACCCAAGGCCUGGGUUCGGACGAACCCAGAGCUGGGUUCCAAGGAACCUGGAGCUUGGGUUCGAAGGAACCUAAAGCUUGGGUUCUAUUGAACCCAGGUGUUGGGUUCCAAGGAACCUCGAGCCUGGGUUCGAUGAGCCCAACGCUUGGAUUCGUCCGAACUCAAAGCCGAGUUCCAAGGAACCCUGAACCUAGGUUCGAUGAACCCAGCCUCGGGUUCCAAGGAACCUAGGCAUUGGGUUCAAUCAAACCCAGCUCUGGGUUCCAGACCCUAAGGGAAAGAAAAAGGAAGGAGAAGAAAAAAAAAAUUUUUAA